UAGUUUAUAGAAGUGAAGAGUUCCUAAAGAAGAUAACAAACAAGAGAAGGAAAAUGCCGAAACCAAUCAAUGUACGAGUAACUACGAUGGAUGCUGAGCUAGAAUUUGCCAUUCAGCCCAAUACAACUGGCAAACAACUUUUUGACCAGGUUGUAAAAACAGUUGGUUUACGUGAGGUCUGGUUUUUUGGGCUGCAGUAUGUAGACAGCAAAGGAUAUUCUACGUGGCUAAAACUGAAUAAAAAGGUGACACAGCAAGAUGUUAAAAAAGAAAAUCCUUUACAAUUCAAGUUUAGAGCUAAAUUCUUUCCUGAAGAUGUGUCUGAGGAAUUGAUUCAAGAAAUAACACAGAGACUUUUCUUCUUGCAAGUUAAAGAAGCCAUCUUAAAUGAUGAAAUAUAUUGCCCACCAGAAACUGCAGUUCUUUUGGCUUCAUAUGCUGUCCAAGCCAAGUAUGGAGAUUAUAAUAAAGAGAUUCACAAACCAGGAUACCUGGCUAAUGACAGACUCCUACCACAGCGUGUUUUGGAACAACACAAACUGACCAAAGAGCAGUGGGAGGAGCGGAUCCAGAACUGGCACGAAGAGCACAGAGGGAUGCUGAGGGAGGAUUCGAUGAUGGAGUACCUGAAGAUUGCUCAAGAUCUAGAAAUGUAUGGCGUCAACUAUUUUGAAAUCAAGAAUAAGAAGGGCACUGAAUUGUGGCUGGGUGUUGAUGCUUUGGGUCUGAAUAUUUAUGAACAUGACGACAAGUUAACACCUAAAAUUGGUUUUCCCUGGAGUGAAAUCCGAAAUAUUUCAUUUAAUGACAAAAAAUUUGUUAUAAAGCCAAUUGACAAAAAGGCACCUGAUUUUGUUUUCUAUGCUCCUCGUCUGAGAAUCAAUAAGCGGAUUUUGGCCUUAUGCAUGGGAAACCAUGAACUGUACAUGAGAAGGAGAAAGCCUGAUACUAUUGAAGUACAGCAGAUGAAGGCUCAGGCCCGGGAGGAAGAAAAUUUAAGAAAAAAUAAAAAAAAAAAAAGAAGAUAA